AUGUUCUCCAGUUCACCACUUUCCUUCUCUGGUCCCCACGACGCAGCUGAUUGUGUGGAUUUCUUAUGUGAAAGCAUUUGUCGCUCCUCUGCACCUGCGAACUAUGAUAACGAUCCAAUUCGACGUAGGACCGGAUUUGCUUUGGCAAAUGCCACUUUUGUGACGGUCCACAACGAUCGUCCUUUUGCUCGUCUUUUCAAUCUGCAAUGA